CAAGAGGUCGUGACUUAUGAGUGUCUUGACAGGUAACAGGUCGCCAUUGAGUAACCCGUGAGGUGGAAGCCUACUUUAGCUUCAGGACCAUUUCUUCACGAUAAAAUAAAGAAGGACGCAGAUAAACCACCAUGAAAAAUAAACCAAACAAUUAUUUAAUUUAGGAGUGAGGGCCAUAGUAAUGGUGGGAAUUCAUUCAGUAAUCAGUAUGUCCAGACAGCAGGCUCCAUCAGCAUGCCGUAUUGGGUGGAAGUUGAACAAAAAUUUCAAAACAAAAGUCUAAGACGUGUUUCACGAUCAAACCAGAAGUCAUGCCGUCGUUCAUGAUCAGAGCAAACCUCAGACUCAUCCAUCAUUGCAGUCAAUAAGCGGCAGCACCAAGAUUACAGCAGCAGCAGAAUCAACAAUAGCUCUAUCUCAUGCCAAAGGGGCAGGAAGAAGAUGGGUAGGCUCGGCUGCGACAUCGAUGGACACCUGAAUGACUCAAAGUUCAGUGAGCCAAUGCCAUGGAUUGGCAUGUAUGUAGCUGCAGCAUCUCUGGCCUGCUGCCUUGCCAUGGCUGCAGAUGUUUUCAGUGGACUCCGCCAUAGAAAGCUUUGGUUCCCCUGCAGAUGCUUCUCUCUUAACGCCACUUCCCUGACUUUAAUAGGUGUGGCUAUCAAAUUCUCUGUGGAUCUAAACACCUCCAUGCCUCGCCGCCAGGAUCAGCUUGCGAAACUUAGCAACGCAGUCUUGAUCUGCACUGUAAUGGGUAAUUCUAUGCCUUCGCUGGGGAUCAUGCAAAACCAAGAGAUCAUUAUGAAUAUUAUGGCUUUGGGACUUCUUGUCAUUACACUGGUGGUAAAUAUCUGCAUCCAAUUAGGAACUGGUGCAAUUUACAUUUUCUGGGAAGAACAAGCUUUCAUCAUGUUUCUCAUGCUUCUUUUGCUAGUGAUCUUGAGCUUUUCAGCUUUGACUGUUUCAACCACUAAGCACUAUUUAGAAACCAAGUACAGGAAAAAGCAUAAACUAGCUUUGAAAGAAUGCUCUGGUGAAACACACAAAUCUGUCGUUGAAAAACUUAGAGGGGAUCUGACGAAAUAUUGGAUGAUGGCCCAUACUUCCAGCCCCCAGUUUGUAAUGGGGCGUUCUGUGAUGUGCACUGCUUCUGGGGCAUUCUGUCUGCUUGGUGCCAUGACUCUGGCUGAAGCCAUGAUUCGAUCUUACUUGAUGCCAUCGUCCUGCAACUUCUGCGGAGGCGAAUCUGAUUAUAAGUGGUCAACCACCAUAGUUCUCAUUAUUCAGACCAUUGCUGUGGGAGUGGGUACCAUUGCCCCAGCAUUUAGAUGGUUCACUGCUAUAAAUUUCAGAUGCCCAAAUAGAGGAACCAUAACCUGCAAAAACAAUUUCAAAGUGGAGAGCUACUGGAUUCAGAGCCUUGUAGAGCUAAAAGAGUGCCCCUUAGUUAUGCAGAUCCCUAAAAGGAACCUUAGAAAAUGUGUCAACAACAUAAAAAUUAAACUUUUGGACAUUUGUAUCAGCAUGCAGACUGGGAUAGUGCUAAUGAGUAGAGCAGUUCAGCUAAUUUCUAUUUUCUUGGUAUACUGGUUAUUUAGCUGCAGUGACUGCUGCAAGGAAAUCAAAAGGAAACUCAAAUCCAACCAGAGCAUAUCAAACAAGGACUCAGGUUCAGUGUCACAAACUAGCAAAACCCUGGCUCUCAGCCGUUUUGUUUUGCAUCUUGAAGGAGAGGAAGAACUGGUUGAGCUGAUGAUAAGGAACAACUGUGAUGCCACUGAUCAUUGGAUCCAAAAGGGUAAAAGCAAGCAGCCAAAAUACCUGAUGCAACUCCUGGAGAAAUCCACUUUUACACAAGGAUUCAAGGGAGUAAGAGAGUUUGACAGCACCCAAGUUCCUUCUCUAGAUUCAUCAGAGCCUCCCAAUAGUUGGGUUCUUCCUGUGGUGACAUUAACCAGCAUUGCAGUUGCACUUCCCAACAUUGACAAAAGUUCAAUUGAAAGAUUGUUAUGCAGUGUAAAUGAAGGCCUCAUGUAUGUCAUGUUAGUAGAAAAACACCUGGAUGCCGAAGGAGAUUUGAUAAACCUCAGGAAGGCAGCAGAUGUUGUGUGGUCGGGAGUUGAUCUCCAUUACAAGUGGCUAGGUGUAGAUCUCCGAAAAAUGGCACUCGACGCAAAAACCCCAAGGGAAAUUCUUGAAGAACUCUCCCAAAUUGCAAAGAAUAGAUUUAUGGAAUUUCAGAAUAGACAAGAAAUGCGUUGGAAGGAGUGUCCUUCAAAAUGGCCCAUUAGGGUACUUGCUGCCAAUUCUCUGUACAGAGUAAGUGAAACACUUCUGCUGGAUUCUGAUGGCAAAAACAACCAUGCAAGUGAUAGAUUAUUUCAAAGGUUAUACGUGAUGAUUGCUGAUUUAAUAUGUGCUUGUCUUACCAACUUAAAACAUGUCAUAUCAAGGGAGUGUGUUUGCAGUGCCAUAGAAGAGAGGAUGGAGAGGGUGCGAUAUGCAGUUUUCCUUCUUGGUAAAACUGAAAAGAUUCUGAAAGUUCUAGAUCAGCAAGCGCUGCCCAUUUUGGAUGCUGAUAAAAUAGCAUGCAUUGAUAAGUGGCGUUUAUUGAGAGAGCAGAUCUCGUUUCCCUUUGAAUCUUCUUCACCAGAAAGUGACAGAACUGCUUUCAGUUCAUCUGAAGUGCACCUAUCCAUCAAGUAGAAAUCAGAAGCCUGGAGAAGGUGAAAAGUGCAGGUUAUGAUCUAACUAUGCAGCAUGAACCUGUUUAGGUUAGCAUGAAUUUUGUAUGAAAUCUUUCAGUUUUGACUACAUGUAAGACAUUUCAGUGAAUACAUGCUUAAUGUAAAUGUGGAGCAUGCAAAGGAUUUACGAUGUGGAA